GGAACCGAGGAGCUUAGAACGGUGGUAUUGAAUCCGGGGUCCUUAGUUCUAAUUUUGAUGUUGACUAAACACCUUCCCGGUUCUGAUGUUACAUCGAGAUCGGAUUGGUGCGUUCGUAACUAAACGUCAGCGCGGUGAAUCUACAAUUCAAUGCCGCCGAGGUAUAAAUAUCUGAACACUUCAGGUAUGAAAUAAUGAUCGAACAGCCCAUGCUUCUUCACUCAACCAACUCGAACCCAGAAGAUUCCGCUUGCGCAAGCAAUUGAUCAAUAUGCGUCUCUCAAAUACACUCCUCGCGCUGGGCCUCACGGCCGUAGAAGCCACCCAAUUCUGGCACAACACCGGGACGAAAUCAGGCUGGGACGCCUACACCCACGAGCACAAGGGUACCGUCGACGAAGUAACCGACCAAGUAUACAAAGGCUCAACCGCGCUCCGCAUGACGCAAAUCCACGACUCGAGCUACUCCGGUCGCUACCACUCUGAAGCUGUGAAAUUCAACGCGUACAAAAAAGGCGACACCGGAUUUUAUGGCUUCGCGUUUCGAUUGCAGGAUAACUGGCAAUUCAGCCCGGCGCAGGGGUAUAAUCUCGCGCAGUUCAUUACUGAUUUCUCGGAUUUGAACUGUGGUGAGGAUUAUAUGCCUAGUACCAUGGUGUGGAUUGAUGGUGAUCAACUUGCGACUAGGGUUAAGUAUGGUGAGGUCUGUCCGACGGAUCAGCAGAAGAUUAAGUCGUUUGAUGGGCUUAAGAAAGUUACUGCUGGUGUGUGGCACCGUGUUGAGAUUCAGGCUAGUUGGAAGAGCGAUAACACGGGAUUUUUCAAGUUAUGGUAUGAUGGCGAGAAAGUGGUUGAGGCGUAUAAUCUUCCGACGAAUGUGGGCGAUGGACGGCCGUUCCAGUUUAGAGUCGGGUUGUAUGCGAAUGCUUGGCAUGAUCAUGGUUAUGAGGGUACGCAGGGCACGCGACAGGUCUGGUACGAUCAGAUCGCUGCCGGCGAUGCGUUUGCUGAUGCUGCGCCUGAUAAGUGGUAAACGGGUAGCAAGGAUUGGACCCUUUGAGUAUUUCGAGCUCAUCCUAAUUGAAUAGGUACCUUGAGUGAUUAUUCAAUCGAAUAGUUACGGCCAUUGAUCAAUUCAAAAGAUCUUGAUCAUAAUUCGACUUCGCGAUUCGGUGAAUUUAGCGUAGAAAAUGGUAUCGCUUCUAUCGGGUUGUUUCUUAGCCGAGUGUACCUUAGGUAGGUAAGCUCG